CCCAUCCCCAAACGAUGGUGCUCCUUCAUCUAGCAUCGACGCUCCGCGCCCCUCUGGCGUCGCCACGCCCGGGCCUCGUCAUCAUGGGCCGCGCUGACGAGCUUCGUAACAUCGACAUCGAGGCUGAGGUGGCCGGCGUCGCGUGCGUGCCGCUCGAGGAGAAGAUCGCCGAGGAGGCGAGCGAGAUCUUCCGCAGUGAGGCAAUGAAGAAGCUCGAGACGGGAACUUGGUACCAGUGCUCCGGACCCGCCGACGACAUGGAGCUCACCUGCUUCCUGGCGCCAAGCUGGAUGGGUCUUGCCGACGGCGCUUGGGUGUGCAGCGAUGUGCUCAAGGUGAGGACUGGCGACGCGCCCUUGGAGCAGGCGGGAGAGGAUAGCUACUAGUGGCGGUGUAGCGUCGCCUUGCCACCGACGGCGAAUCAUGAUUCGCCGGCAUCUUGGAUCAGUCGGCUUGCACCGCGUCCAGUCCACCGGUUUGUGGGCCAGGGGCAGCUACGCCAACUCGUUUUUGUGCCGGCGUUUUAGCUCUCUCUGCCGCCGUUGCCACACGCGCGCCCACUCACCGCUCUGCGCUGUCGUCUCAGUGAUUUCCAUGUAGAGUGUGGUGUGUGUCUCUGCUCACGGCGGUCAUGCGGCACGCGUCGCGCUCGUCUGCGAGGGUUGUCUCCCCUCCGAGAGCUGGAGCUCCCUGACCUCCGAGCUCCGUCCAAGCGUCCUUCGAUUUUUUACGGUCUUUUCCGCUUG